GGGCGCGGCAAGCAGCGGCGGCGGCGGCGGCAGCGGGGCCAUGGGGGCGCGGUGGGGGCCGGCGCUCUGACAGCCUCCGGUGCGCGGCGAAGCGGAGCGGGCAGAGCGGCUCGGGCGGGCGGGCCCCCACCCAGCUCGGCGCGGAACAUGUUCGCCAAGGGGAAAGGCUCGGCCGUGCCCUCGGACGGCCAGGCGCGGGAGAAGCUGGCCCUGUACGUCUACGAGUACCUGCUGCACGUCGGCGCCCAGAAGUCGGCGCAGACCUUCCUGUCCGAGAUCCGGUGGGAGAAGAACAUCACGCUGGGAGAGCCCCCCGGCUUCCUGCACUCCUGGUGGUGCGUGUUCUGGGACCUGUACUGCGCGGCCCCUGAACGGCGAGACACUUGCGAGCAUUCGAGCGAAGCGAAAGCCUUCCAUGACUAUAGCGCAGCUGCCGCCCCGAGUCCCGUGCUUGGAAACAUUCCCCCGAACGACGGGAUGCCCGGGGGCCCCAUCCCACCAGGUUUCUUCCAGGGACCGCCUGGUUCACAGCCCUCGCCACACGCACAGCCUCCACCCCACAACCCUAACAGCAUGAUGGGACCCCACAGUCAGCCUUUCAUGUCACCGCGCUACGCAGGAGGUCCCCGGCCCCCCAUCCGGAUGGGAAACCAGCCUCCAGGGGCCGUUCCUGGUACACAGCCAUUGCUGCCCAAUUCGAUGGAUCCCACGCGACAGCAAGGGCACCCGAACAUGGGCGGACCCAUGCAAAGGAUGAAUCCUCCGCGAGGGAUGGGCCCCAUGGGUCCCGGUCCGCAGAACUAUGGCAGCGGCAUGAGACCUCCGCCCAACUCCUUAGGCCCUGGCAUGCCCGGAAUUAACAUGGGGCCGGGAGCUGGCAGACCAUGGCCCAACCCCAGCAGUGCUAACUCAAUCCCAUACUCUUCUUCAUCGCCUGGUACAUAUGUGGGUCCUCCCGGCGGCGGCGGCCCUCCGGGGACACCCAUCAUGCCCAGCCCCGCAGAUUCAACAAAUUCAAGUGACAACAUCUACACAAUGAUUAAUCCAGUACCGCCCGCAGGCAGUCGAUCGAAUUUCCCGAUGGGCCCUGGCUCCGACGGCCCCAUGGGUGGCAUGGGCGGCAUGGAGCCCCAUCACAUGAAUGGAUCGUUAGGGUCAGGAGACAUAGAUGGACUUCCAAAAAAUUCUCCAAACAACAUAAGUGGCAUUAGCAAUCCCCCGGGCACUCCAAGAGACGACGGGGAGCUGGGAGGCAACUUUCUCCAUUCCUUCCAAAAUGACAAUUAUUCCCCCAGCAUGACGAUGAGUGUGUGAUUUCCCUCCCCCUCCUCCUCUCCAGGAUCAAGAGAGUCAGCUGCCGUUCGGAGGAUCUCAAAGAAUUAUGCAAGAAGAAGCUAGGUGUAUGGGCAGGGAGACGCGUGGCGGGGCCAGCACCCCAGGUUUAGUUUCAUGCAAUAAAAAGGCUGAACUUUUUAUUCCAUAAAACAUGAAGGACAAAACUUAAAAUAUUUCAAGACAUGAUGACAAGAUCCUUCUUUGUGCAGAAGGGUUUAUAUAUGUACAUGACACUUCUUUUUGGAAACAAAUGGAAGCCUCUAGCACCCAACUCCGAUCUCUUUGCUUUGUUCUUUUAAAUAAAGACAGAAACAGAACCCCGUUGUAUGUUUGUGCCGUGCGACACCAGGAAGCUAGUCUAGAUAUGAAAUCUCAUGUUGUCUCUGUUGUAGUCAUUUUUUAAAUAAACUGGACAGUUUACAAUGGUGGUUUUCGUUCGGAAGGCCUGGUUGGUUUUUGGUUGUUUUUUUUUGUUUGUUUUUGUUUUUUUUUUUGCUUUGGUUUUGUUUUGGUUUUCCUCCUUUUUUGUUUUGUUCUGGGGUUUUUUUGUGUGUGUUCAUUUGCAGCACAACGCUUCCUCCUCCAGUAACAAGAUGAAGAGACUCCACCACCUCGUGAUAACGGCGUUAGCGCAGGUGGCCCCUGUAGGAUCACAUCCUCGGUGCGCUGUGAUCUCCCUCCCCGUGGCUGUGGCAUGCGCUGUGUUAGUCUGUCCCCCCCCAGAGUACACGAAGAACUCUGUCCUUCCCUUCCUCCAGCUGGUUCACCACAAACACCAGUUUGACUUUGACUUUUUAAAUCCACCGAAAGAAAGGAGAACGAAAGGGCUGCUCCGCCCUGGGACUUUGAAGCUGUGAUCUCAGCCAACCUCGGUUCUUUUGGGGCUUUUUUUUUUUUUUUUUUUUUUUUUUUUUUUUUUUUUUUUUUUUUUUCUUGCUGUGUCUUUUUGCUUGGUUAUUCCUUUAAAGAUGUGCUCUGGUCGGGGCUUCACUUCUCUGUGAGUUGGAACUGGACGGAGAUCUCUUUUAAGCGGUUGCUGUUGUUGCGAUGUAUCCUUGCUACUCUGUAUGCUGUCAUAAGGACAUAGCAGGAAGGGGCCCCGCGCUGGGAGGGGGCUGGGAGCUGCCCGACACCCCCUGCACCGCUCUUCGUUUUUCUCAAUCUCCAUUCCUGCUCCGUGUAUAUCAUACUCUGUAAGAUAUUAUCUCCCUGGAUUGACCCUUGUGCGGAUUAUUGAAAGCAUUGUAUCUUGUUUCAGUGUUUUUUCUUACCUUGUAGUCUGGUUCUAAAAUACCGAGAGGGGAAAAAAAAAAAAAAAA